AUGCCGAAACUUUUGUUUUCAAAGAUUAGGUUCUAUGAGAUCAAGGAUAUAAUGCAAAAUGUAAAACGGCCCAAAAGGAUUGAUAUUGUUCUUAAUCGAUACAGGCGUAAAAAGGACAUCGAGUGCAUCAUGGUACACAAAAUAAACGAUGAGACAUGUCCUGCAAAAUUCAGUUGGCAGGCUGACCAUAAAAUCCAUCCAACUCUGGAAAAGCUGCUACGGGAUAAAAUCUAUCUAGAAGCGUUCCACUCCUUUCUUCAGUCUGAGUUCAGUGAAGAAAACAUUGAGUUCUGGCUCGCAUGUGAAGACUACAGGGCGACCGCCUCACUGGACGACCUCUGCUGGAAAGCAAAGGAGAUCUAUGAGCAGUUCAUCCAGCCUGCCGCCUGCAGAGAGAUCAAUGUAGACCACCACAUUAGAGAGAAGAUCAAGAAGUCCUUGGAGAAACCAAGCCUGUCCUGCUUUAAUGAGGCCCAGAAACAUGUUUACCUUCUGAUGGAAAGAGACUCUUGCCCCAGAUUCCUGCACUCUGAUGCCUACCUGAGUGUGAAGCACAAAUCCAGAAGUCUAUGGUACAUUUAGACUUUAUUGCUUACUGUAUCAACACUGCU